AUGCCCAAGUCCAUCCUCGCCCUCGCCGCUUUUGCCUGCGGCGCCGAUGCCGCCAUCAAGGCUGUUUGGCAGGCAGGCUCGUGUUCCAGUCCUACGGGCCCUACCAUCGACAUAUCCCCUGAAGGAGUCAACACCUGCACAUUGUAUAACUUCUUCCCCAAUGACGAUCCUCGUGGGCACGUCCAGGUCACUGUUGAUGGUGGAACCAAUGGAAUUGCCUUUUUCCAGUUACCCAAGUCGCAGGAAGACCAGCACAUCCAGUGUGGUUCGCUCCAGGGUAUUUUUCACCAGUCCGGCUGUUACGACUCGGUUACACCGGCCCUCGAUGUUGUGACCGCCGAGUGCGAUCAGACCGGUUGCAACAAUCUAUCUGGCAUCCCCUCAGGGAAUUUGGUAGCCGCGAUUCAGAAAAAGUCAAGCGUGCCAAAGCGCGAGGUUCAGGAGGCGAAGCAGGUCCAGAAAAGGCGCGAGAGUAUCUCUGAGCGCCGUGAGAACAGCAUUGUCCGUCGUGACGGCUGCAGCGGCUCUACUUCCGUUACCUGCGACGACUGCCAGACCUGCUAUGCCCAAGGCGCCCGCGUCUCUCCGUUCAUUAGCUGCCCCGGUCAGGGCCAGUCUUGCGCAGCUCAGCUAACCCAAUCUAUCACGGUGACCGACGAGUACAGCAUCACGGUGGGAGCCUCUGACGUGUUCACUGCGUCGGUCGAGACCAGCCACUCGAUUGCUGUCACAAACGGUAACUCGCAGACUUUCACUGUAUCUCCUGGACAGUCUGGCUUUGUCCAGUACGAGGCCCUGGCUCAGUGCGGUACCAAGACUGUACACAAUGGCGACGGUUCCGUCUGCGCCCAAGCCAAGGGAACCUUCAUUCUUGACAACCAGGGUGCAGGUGGACAGUUCUCUUUCGUCCGCUCGAAUUAA